AUGAUUCAUAUAAUCUCUUUCCAGUUCCAAUUCGUCAAUUCCUUCCUUUCUCUCUUCUACAUCGCGUUCUAUCUACAAGACCAAGCACGCCUAAAAGAGCAACUGGCGGCGUUGCUCAUAGCCCGCCAAGUGAUAGGCAACCUGAAAGAAUCCGCUCUUCCUUACCUGCUGGAGCACAUGCGAUUGGCUAAGAUGAGCUUCGACCUGUGGGGCGCUCUGAGCCCCGUGGGGCGCAAAUCUUUGCCGGGGCAAGAAGAGGAGACGCCUAACGGCGGUACCAACGAUGACGGGGUGGAUCAGCCGAACGCCAAACGGACUAUGAGUCAGGCUGAGUUGGAGAGCACCCUGUAUAAGUACGAUGGAACCUUUGCCGAUCACCUUGAGAUGACCAUUCAAUUAGGUUAUGUCAUCCUCUUUUCUUCCGCAUUUCCUCCGGCCGCUCUAUGUGCCAUGCUGAACAACCUUAUUGAAAUCCGAAGUGAUGCUUUCAAACUAGCAUAUGUGUGCCAGAGACCGUUCGGACAGAGAGUGCCCAAUAUUGGAACAUGGCAGAAUUGCAUGGAAUACAUGAGCAUCAUGGCCGUCUUGGUGAAUUGCGCCCUGAUAGGGCUAUCCGGCCAAGUACAUCGAAUGUUUUCGGAUAUGACGGCGACUCAGACGAUACUAUUGAUCGUCGCUCUAGAGCACAUCAUGCUGGUGAUACGAUUCAUCAUCACUUGCGCCAUACCAGAUAUACCAGGUUGGUUAGCCACCGAAAUGGCUAAGAUCGAAUGGGCCAGAAGAGAGGCUGGCAGAAUCACGAAUAGUACCCCGACGCCCGAAGAAACUACGUCUAAUCAAAUCGGAAGAUUCUCCGUUUCUCCGAGCCACUCCAUCGUGCAGACGACCGAGAACCUGCGAAGGUCCGCCGAGAAGUUGAAACGGUCCACGGAGAAGCUGAAGCAGGAAAUCGAAUCGGCGAAGGAUGCCACCCCGCUGACGACCCCCACCACGCCGGGCGCCUCCACCUCCGGUCACAGGAAUACAGGGGGAGUCACCAUCGACAAGAUACCGGAGAUACCGCCCUUCAGGCCCAGGCAGACCAAAGAAUGGAGCACGGCUGAGGCUGAAAACGCGCAUCACCUCACUAUCGGGCCUGGAGGGGCUAUAGAAUGGUCAAGAAGGCUCAAAGAAGAGGCCGACAUCCAUCGUAGUACUGAUUGCAUAGCGCCUAAAGACGCGUCCAGCUCCGACUCGGACCUGCUGAAGGGCGGGCCGAUGUGGCCGCCCAGACCGAGGUCGCCGCCCCAUCCCGUGCCCGCCCGCGCCCGACCUAUGGUGCCGGCCGAUCCGUCGCUCAGCGACAGCGCCAAGAGCGCGUCGUCCAGCCAGGAGGCUGUCGACGAGGUGGCCAGAGCUGCCGAAGAACUGGCCGCGAAAAAGACCCGAGUGAAGCAGAGUUUGAUGAAGCGCGCGCGGUCCGUGGCUAUUUUCUCGCUGAAGCUGAAGGAGCGGCGCGCUAGAGAGGCCCAAGAGAAGGCGGCGAAGACCUCUGUGACCCCGCCGGCCGCCCAACCGCUGCCGCCGCCCCAGCAGGGGGGCGAAUUGUCUUGCAUCCCCAUCGAAAUGCUCAUACAACUCGAGGAUAUCAAGCAUCCCCAAAGGCCCAAUAAUAGUCAAAGUGGCACAUUGUAG